AUGGGCGGAGGUGCUAGAUAUCCCUAUCCAAAGGAGGUGUGGUCGCCAGCCGGUGGUUGGUGGACGCGCCCGACAAACUGGAAGUCCAACACCGCAAUCGUUUUCGCAGGCAUCCUCGCCAUCACAUACGGAGCGUGGACCGUGAGCGCUGAUAGAGAGUGGCGGUACAACCCGCCAACACGGUCAAUCCCCUCCAUGAUGUGGGCGAAACAGUACAGGGAGCAGAAGGAGGCUAAGUGA